GCUGACGGCCUUCCCCUAGGCUCCACCAGCCAUCACCCCUGAUGAAAUGCAGCGCGCAAGGCAAAUCACAUGAAAUAGAAGGGAGAGAAAAGCGAGCUGCCAUGUAAUGGCAGUAUUCGGCCCUUCCUUCUACUCAGUCAUCUUAGACCUACAGUUUUAAGCAAUCGUUCCUGGGUAAUGCCCCUAGAUUUCCAUGUCAUUUGCGAUGGAUCAACUACCGACGUAAGGCCCUGGUGUACUGCGCAUGGCUCUAUAUUCAUGACUCCAACUCCAACUCUAGCCUGUCCUCCCUCCUGGAUACUAACGUCCCAAAGAAAGAGGGGUUCAGCAUCAAUCCCCGAUGAGAUCCCCAUGCUAUGGUGUCUUGACCUGGGGUCUGGUCACAAUCACCCAGUGCUUGUCCUCUUCGGACUGGCGUAAACAGUCCAUCUACCAGGUCAUGACAGACCGUUUCGCCAGGACGGAUCUAUCAACGACGGCCUCUUGCGAUGCAUCACAGGGCGUCUACUGUGGAGGCACAUACAAAGGGCUAGUUUCCAAGCUGGAUUAUAUCCAGGGGAUGGGGUUUACCGCCAUAUGGAUCUCGCCUAUCGUUAAGCAGAUGGACGGCCAAACACUGGACGGCUCCUCAUACCAUGGAUACUGGGCUGAGGAUAUCUGGGGCGUGAAUUCGGCCUUUGGCAGCGCUGACGACUUGGUUGCUCUUUCUGACGCUCUCCACGAGCGUGAAAUGUAUCUUAUGCUCGAUGUCGUGACUAACCAUAUGGCGUACCGUGGUUGUGGCGAAUGCGUUGACUACAGCAAAUUCGACCCCUUUUCCUCGUCAUCGUAUUUCCACUCCUUGUGUCUCAUCGACUACAACAACGAGACUUCGAUACAGCAAUGCUGGGAGGGAGACAAUAUCGUCAGCCUUCCCGAUCUCCGUACAGAAGACGCCAACGUUCGAAGCAUCUGGAACGACUGGAUCAAGGAAAUCGUCUCGAAGUAUAAGAUAGACGGUCUUCGGAUCGACAGCGCAAAGCACCAGGAGAAAUCAUUUUGGCCAGGCUUUGAAGAUGCUGCCGGUGUCCAUAUCGUCGGUGAAGUAUUCAAUGGCGAUCCUGCAUAUGUCGCUCCAUUUCAGGAUUAUAUGAGCGGUAUUUUGGAUUACCCAAGUUAUUACUGGAUUACGCAGGCAUUCCAGUCGUCCAGUGGAAGCAUGACCAGCCUCGCCGAUGGUGUUAAUAGAUUAAAGAGCAUUGCGCGAGAUACAAGUUUGUACGGGUCAUUCAUGGAAAACCAUGACCAAAAACGGUUUCUCUCUCUCACCAACGACAGGACCCUUGCCAAGAAUGCCAUCGCCUUCACCAUGUUGAAAGACGGCAUUCCAAUCAUAUACCAAGGUCAAGAGCAGUCCUACACCGGCGGGGAUAUCCCCAACAGCCGGGAGGCCAUCUGUCUCUCCGGAUACGCAACAGACUCGGAACCAUACACGUGGAUACCCUCCCUGAACAAGAUCCGCAGCUGGGCGAUCCAUCAAGAUGCCAAGUACCUCACCUACCAGGCGUACCCAAUCUACUACGACGACAACGCGAUCGCCAUGCGGAAGGGCUUCGACGGCUACCAAGUCAUCGGCGUCUUCACCAACGCGGGCUCGGGCGGCUCCGCCGGCGUGAAUCUGACCGGCUCCCAGACGGGCUUCGCGGCCGGCGAGGCGCUCGUCGACGUCAUGAGCUGCACCGCGUCUGCCGCCGAUGCGAGCGGUGGCAUCACCGCGACCCUGGAGGGUGGAAUCCCGAGGGUAUACUAUCCGGCCGAUCGUCUGUUCGGGAGCGGGAUAUGUUCCUCCCUUGCUGGCGAGAGGUCCCGAUGACACGGAGUGGUCUUGCUCGAGUGGAUUAUGUGAGAUAUCCUCUACGACGUCUGCGUGUGAGCCACGCCGCCCCGGGUAUCUCACUCAACAAACCGUGGUAGUCUUGUUACUUUUCACUUCCACAGCUGUAUAUAGGUCGAGGUCCAUGAAAUGCAGAUAAAAAAUCUUGCUUUA